AUGGGGGACAACGAUCAAGGCCUGAUUGAGGAACUCUUAGAACAGGUCCAUGUCUAUAACGUUAAUGGGAACCAUGAAAAGGCCAAUGAGGUUUUGGAGAGGAUGCUGGUGAUACAAAGGAAAGAGUUAAUGGAAGAUGAUGAUUCACCUCUUGCUGAGGCCUCGAUACUCAGUAGCAUUGGACGUAAUCUGCUGCUGUUGGGAGAUUUCAAUAACGCGUUGGAGAAAUUCAACAAAGUACUCGCGAUACGGUUGGAGAAGCAGGGAGAAAAAAAUCUUGAAACAGCCGACGCCUACAAGUACAUUGGUGCUGUCUUGAAGAGACUAGCCAACAACGAAGAAGCCGAAGAAAUGUACCGAAAAGCUCUGGCUAUCAAGCUCGCAAUUCUGCCAAGCGAUCAUAUGGAAGUCACGGAUCUGUACGAUUCGGUAGCGAUAACAUUGGAAAGGCAAGGCAAGCUUUCGGAAUCCACCAAGUUACAAAAACUUGUACUUGCGACGCGACUAAAUAUGCACGGGGAAGACCACCCCACAGUUGUCCAGUCAUACAUUGGCAUUGCGUCAUUGUUGUCAGGUCAAGACAGAAUGGACGAUGCUCUUAAGAUGGUUGAUAAAGCCAUUGGAAUUUGUGUUCGACUGCAACAGCAACUAGGAGGAGAAGAUGAUGAUGAUGAUGACAUCGAUCUAUUGGUACUGACUCUGCAACACAAAGCACGACUGCUGGAAGAAAACGGCAACUUCGAAGCUUCCGUGAAGUUGUUGAACGAGAUAUUAACGAUGCAGAAGGAAAAGCUUGGUGAAAUACACCCCCUAACAGAAGAGGCCUACAAUGAUCUUGCAGACGCAUAUUCCCGACAAGGAAUACCGGAAGAGGGCAUCAAUGCUCUUUCCAAGAUUCUAGAGAUUCGUCGACACUUGCUUGGGGAUAAUCAUCCCCGCACGAAGGAGCUUAGAUUUCAUCUGGAAGUUUUAAAGCGCAGAAAAAUGGCGCAAACAUUCAACGAACAAGGACAGCAGGUGAUGCACGCCCAAAGUGAUUUGGACGAGGCAAUACAGCACUUCCAAGCGGCGCUGGAUGUCUAUAAUGACCUCUAUAUCACUCUUCCAAAAGACGCAGCAGUUGUCUAUGAGAAUAUUUCUACUGUGAAAGUGGAACAGGGUUUUCUGCAAGAUGGGAUUACUGCGAGUGCCGAAGCCCUCAAGAUUCGUCGAAGACAACAAGGGGACGAUCAUACUGAAACGAAGGGUCGUAUGGAAGCGCACAGAUCGUUGCUGAAACAACUCUUGGAGAAUCGGAUUUAG